AUGGUUACGAAGCUGAAUAACAUUUCAGUUAAUGUUUUAUUCUUACUGUUGUUCACUAUUUCUUGUACAGCUCAAUCAAAAGUCAUUGAUAUAAAAAAAUUUAGCAGAAAUGCAGAUAUAACAGAGGCUUUCACAAGAGCUUGGAAAGAAGCAUGUGCAUCAACAGGUGCAAGCAAAAUUAUUAUACCAAGUGGAAUACACAAGAUGAAAGCAGUAAAUGUGCAAGGUCCCUGUAAAGCUUCAGUAGAAAUUCAGGUUGAUGGCACAAUUCAAGCACCAGCUGACCCCAAUGCACUCAAGGAUGCUUAUGAAUGGAUCAAAAUUCAAUAUGUUAACUCUUUCACCUUAUCAGGUAAAGGUACUUUUGAUGGUCAAGGUGCAUUUGCUUGGAAGCAAAACAACUGUGGAACAUACCAGAAUUGCAAGAGGCAUUCCAUGAAUUUUGGCUUCAAUUUUCUGAACAAUUCGAUAGUUCGAGAUAUAACUUCUAAGGACAGCAAAAACUUUCAUGUGAAUGUUUUGGGAUGCAACAAUUUCACAUUUGAUAACUUCCACGUUAUAGCUCCAAAAACCAGCAUUAACACUGAUGGGAUUCACAUUGGAAGAUCAACUGAAGUGAAAAUUCUUAACUCCAACAUUGCUACUGGAGAUGACUGUGUUUCAUUGGGAGAUGGCAGUAGAAAAGUAAUUAUCCAAAAUGUAACUUGUGGACCUGGUCAUGGCAUUAGUGUUGGAAGCCUUGGCAAGUAUACAAAAGAAGAGCCUGUAGAACAUCUUGUGGUCAAGAAUUGCACUAUAACAGGUACAGACAAUGGUGUAAGGAUCAAGACUUGGCCUAGUACUCCAGGAACUACUACUGUUUCUGAUAUGCAUUUUGAAGAUAUUAUCAUGAAUGAUGUCCGACAACCAGUGAUAAUAGACCAAGAGUAUUGUCCUUGGAAUCAGUGUUCAAAGAAGGAUCCAUCGAAAGUAAAGAUAAGCAAGGUUACCUUCAAGAACAUUAAGGGCACUUCAAAGAGCAAAGAAGGGGUGAUUCUUGUAUGUAGCAGAAGUGUACCAUGUAAGGGUGUGGAAUUAAGUGAUGUGUCACUUACAUACAAUGGAGCUCCAAUAGUUGCUAAAUGUGUUAAUGUCAAACCCAAAGUUACAGGAAAAGCUCCCAUUUGCUCAGCUUAA